AUGCGGGGGCGAAAGAAGAAGAAGAGGAAGAAGUGGAAGGAAGGAAGGAAGGAAGAUGAAGGAAGAAUAAAGGGCAGAAGAAGAACCAGAGGAAGAUUAGCGGACGGUGAAGAACAAGAAACAGUGGAGAACGUAAAAGAGAAAGAUAAAAAGAAGAGGAGGAGGAGGAGGAGGAUGCUGGAGACGGAAAAUUGUUGGCACGGGGCUAAUGUCAAAAAGCAGAAAUUUUCGGGCUCGAGAAAAAAAGUUGAUUUAUCAGGAGCGGGGACAAUUUCACCCCUUGCUGCCGCACCCGACCCCGAGCCUAAGAUGUCUACACGUUUGAGAAACGCAUCGGUCUCCAGUGAUCUCCCUAGUUUCGAUUACUCCAACGUUUUUGACAAACUUACUGCUGUUUUCAAAUGUGAACCGUUGUACGAUCACAUUCCUAAGAUUUGGAGGGAAAACGCAUUCCCGAUUGCUGGAUUAACGCCGUAUUACAGUGUAUCAAACAGGGUAACUUCACUGCAGCCGUCAGACCUGACUGAUUGCCUGGGAGCUUAG